UCAGGGUGGGAGUUAGCCGCUAGCACUGUGAGCUAACAGCCGGAGUGUGUAAUGGCGGCCUCGGUGUUGCUGGGGUCUGCGGACAACACCGGACUCAGCUUUACGGUGGGAGGCGGCGGUGGCGGCGGCACCGGGAAUGUUUCAGUCGGGAAUAAUAACGGACUGGGGCCGGCGGGUCCGGCGCCCUGGAACCGCUCUUUGGACCGGGCUUUAGACGAAGCCUCGGCCACCGGGUGUCUGAACCUCAGCGGCAGGAAGCUGAAGGAGUUCCCCCGGAGCGCCGCCAACCACGACCUGACGGACACUACCAGGGCCGACCUGUCCAGGAACCGUCUCUCAGAGCUUCCUCUGGAGGUUUGUGUCUUUGUGUCUCUGGAGAGUCUCAACCUGUACCAGAACUGUCUGAGGUCUCUACCAGACAGUCUGCUCAACCUGCAGGCCCUCACCUACCUGAACCUCAGUCGGAACCAGCUGUCUGUCCUCCCUGUGGUGGUCUGCAGUCUUCCUCUGAAGGUUUUGAUCGCCUGCAACAACAAACUGGUUUCACUGCCAGAAGAGCUGGGACAGCUGAGACACCUUACUGAACUGGAUGUGAGCUGUAAUGAGAUCCAGACUCUACCGUCUCAGGUGGGUCAGCUUGAGACUCUACGAGACCUGAACAUCAGGAGGAACCACCUGGUCAGACUGCCUUCAGAGCUGGCCGACCUCCCUCUGGUGCGUCUGGAUUUCUCGUGCAACAAGGUGACCUCCAUCCCCGUCUGCUACCGACAGCUCACUCAGCUCCAGACCAUCGUCCUUGACAACAACCCCCUGCAGACCCCACCUGCACAGAUCUGUAUUAAAGGGAAGAUCCACAUAUUUAAGUACCUGAACCUGGAGGCCAGUAAGACCACCCCUGACCUCCCAGACUACGACAGACGACCUGCGACCUACGGCUCCUGUGCUGAUGAGCUGUACCCUGGCCGCCCGUACGGAGCGCUGGACUCUGGUUUCAACAGUGUGGACAGCGGAGACAAGAGGUGGUCCGGGAACGAGCCCACAGAGGAGCUGUCAGAGCUGCCGCUGAGAGUGGCCGAGAUCAGCAGAGAGCACAGACAGAGAGCAGGAGGAGCAGGAGGAGCAGGAGGAGGUCUCAUGACGAACGGCACACAUGUGGAGCUGGAGCAGAUAGACUUCAUAGACAGCUGUGUGGGGGAGGAAGAGGAGGAGGAGGGGAGGAGUCGAGGGCAAGGAGGAGGAGGAGGAGGAGGAGGGGACAGUAUCAGCCUGAGUUCUCAGUUCAUGGCCUACAUCGAGCGACGCAUCACCAGAGAGGGUUCUCCAGUAAAGACCAACUCCAGCAGGACAGAGGACACGAGGAGACACAACAGGAGUGUGGUUGAUGGUGUCACAGUGCCCUCUAGCACCCAGAGCCAGAGAGGAGCUGCUGGUUCAGGUGGGGUGGAGAGAAUGAGGAGGGAGGCUCAGCUGGCGGCUCUGAGGUACGACGAGGAGAGACAGAAGAACCGACCUCUGCAGAAAGAGACCGUCAGCAGCUACACAAAGCAUAAAGCAGCUCAGAGUCCAACAAAGUCCAGUCCAGACAGUGAGUGUGUCCUGGUCUUUGAGACAGACUUUGACACAAACACCAUAAAGAGACGCCCUGGUUCCCACAGACAGUCUGUGACUGGAGUGUCUGUAGACGGCUGUCGUUCUCUCGCUUCUGAUAGCUCCGCCUCCUGUCUGCUGCAGGGUGAGGACAGAGCUGCUCUGUCUCCUACAGCCAAUCAGUCGCCUUCCUACCAAAACCCAGGGGGCGUGGCCUCCUGCCGGACAGCCAGUCUGAGACCAGAGAGCUUCCUGUUUCGUCUGGGUCAGAAGGAGGAGAAGAGAAAAGGUGAUGCUGCUCCUCAGAGCCAGGAGGAGGCUCCAGCUGCUCCUCCUCUGGUUGGAGAAGAUGCUGAGCUGGUGGAGCAGCUGCGAAAGAACAUCGAGGCUCGUCUGAAGGUGUCGUUGCCUAGCGACCUGGGAGCAGCUCUGACAGACGGGGUGGUGCUCUGUCACUUGGCCAAUCACGUGAGACCACGAUCCGUCCCCAGCAUCCACGUCCCCUCCCCCGCUGUGCCUAAACUCACCAUGGCUAAAUGUCGGCGAAACGUUGAGAACUUCCUGGAGGCGUGCCGCCGGAUGGGAGUUCCACAGGACAGUCUCUGUUCGGUGGGGGACGUCCUGGAGGGGAACGGAGGCGGGGUCUAUGGGACGGUGGGCAUGUUGCUCUCCAUGGCUCCGCCCCAGAUUAGCCCCUCCCCUCGUGUCCAGCUGGCAGGCUUUGCCCUCUUCUACCUGUCUGUCAUGUCAGUGCUAUGUGCCAUCUACGUACACCUGGCGCCGCACGUCUGAACCCAACCUGACCAGAUACCCCACAGACAGCACAGACAACAGACAGCAACAGACAUUAUUCUAGUUCACCAAUAAUAGCUCAGUAUCGCAAAAUAACGUGCACCAAAUGUAAAGUAAUAGUUUAAAUAAGAGUAAUAUUUAGACUUGUUUAGAGCAAACACUGGAGGCAUUGGGACACGGCUAGCUUGGCCGCUCUGUAUAUCAUCCAUUCUUUCUGCCACUUACUAAAGUCCACGUAGAACUGGCUGAAGUAAGAAGUCCUCCUCCGUAGCCACAUCCACCAGCUCUUCCUGGAGGAUCCAGAGGUUUUCCCAGUCCAGAUGGGUCAGGGUACACUCAGUCAGAACCAGAUCGUAGACAUGUUGUCCAACAAUACCAGAUAGAUAUAUGUGGAGACAGCAGAGCUAGAGAGAGGACUUUAGACACUGCACACUUUCUCACCUCCACACAGCCGACAGCACAAAGGGAGGCGCCCAAACCUCCUCAACUAACUCCCUUCAACACGAAGGAGCACCUGCUCUUCUCAGAGUUCCUCCCGGAUGUCUGAGCUCAGACACCCUGCCGAGGAAACUCAUUUCAACCACUGAUAUCCAGAAUCUCUUUCUUUGAGUCACUAUCCAAAGCUCAUGACCACAGGAGCCAGAAACACAAAACCCGAAAGGAUGCGUAGAUGCCUUUCUCCCUAGCGAUGUCCUUCAGCUCCUCCUGGCAGAUCCAGAUGUGUUCCUAGACCAGAUGAGAUAUGUAAUCCCUCCAGUGUGUCCUGCCCUGCCUUCUACUCUCAGCUGGACAUACCUAGAAGCAUCCUAAACAGUUACUGGCUCCUUCUGGGUGUCUGAGCACAACCAGCCUGCAAAGGAAACUCAUUUCGACCUGUCGUUUCCUCCCUAUCACUCCCAGUAGUAGUUUCAGUAGGUCUGCUUUGUAUGAUGGACUUCUGUGGUCUCUGCUAGGCAAUAGAAUUCAGUGACAUUUUAUCGGAUCACAAUCCAGUGUUGUUUCCACAUGUAAAAACAAAUUUUAUCAAUGUACUUUAUUGAGUCUAAAGAUGUUCAGCUUUCAAUGUUUGUAAUUGUUUUGUACUGACGAACAAAUCAAAUCACUCAAGCCUUUAAAGUCCUGAAUCCCUGCUGUCAGAACUUCAGGUUUGGACUCAACUUGUAAGACUUGGAUUUGGGCCAUGACCAAAAGACAAACUUAACUUUGAUAGUGACUUGAUGUCACACCAAGACCUUCUUGAGGAGCAGAAGGUAAAGGUGUGUUUGUUAGUGAAGACCAGCAGGCAGACAAAUAAUUACUGGGACUCUAUGCACAAAGUUUAAGACCUGGGACUUGUUAGUCUUGACUUGGGACUUGUUAGCCUUGAUUUUGGACUUAUUAGCAUUGACUAAGAACUUGUUGGCCUGGACUUAGGAUUUGUUGGCCUAUAUUUGGGACAUGUUGGAUUUUAUUUGGGACUUGCUGGUCUUGACUCAGGACUUCAUAGUCAAGAACAAUCCAAAACAAGGUUUUAGUCCACCUCUGCUGAACUUGCCAUAUGUCCCUUGCGUCCCUGAGGGUUUCUGUUAAGCCAUAAAGGAUCUUGAGGUCCCUCGGGUGGUUGUUUAAACUUGACAAUCCCACAAAGUUGGAGGUUUACCCUAAAUCUUGUUUCCUGCCAGUUGAAUCUCCGCCCCCUGUGCCUUAUGUUUGGUUGCCUGUCUGAGUGUGUUUUUUACAGUUUUUACUGUGGUCCAGAGCCAGUCCCCCCCCCCUGAAGACCCUCCCUGGGUCAGAAACCUGCCAAAAUCUGUGUUUUCCACUUGUGGUCUUCCUCUCUUUGACAGUGUUUGAGCAACUCAGUUGAUGCGUCGUAAACAAACUUGGGGCAGUCGUCCCUUCAUUGGGGGAAGAAGACCUGAUGAACGUGUAGGAACCCUUCAGUGUUAGCACAAAGCCCUUCAGUCCCCUGCAGGAACCCAACAAACCCUGGUUCUGCAUUUGUUUCCACUGUCCUCCGACUGCUUUGAGAACGACUACCAGGAACUCAAUCUGGGCUCUGCUCAGGAGGUGACGUUAAAUCCAGGUUCAGGUGUAAAAAGUGUGGUCGAUGGCAGCGUGGUCGAUGGCAGCGUGGUCAGUGGUGAUUGGACGACUGCAAUAAGCACAAGAACAGUAACCGCCAUUUUACUGCAUCUGUAUAGAGGAGAGCAACCGGCACUUUAAAGACAGAACUUUAGCUGGACAAACCAACGUGUCUAAGCCUCAUUAGUGUUUGUGUAGACGAAGUCAUUCAGAGUCAGUCAGGGUUCUGUUCAGGUUCUGGUCAGAACCAGGUUGGCACGUUCCUGCAGUGGAAAGUUCUCCUCUUAACCAGCAGCUGUAAUCCAGCUGUUUACUGGUCGACUUUAUCCUUUGAUGGCACUUGUUUUUUUGUAAGAGAUGAAGAGUGAGGAUGAUGUUUUUUAAAGGACUGUGUUUGUGCUCUGAACAUUAAUAAAAUAAACUGCAGCACCUCGA